AUGGAUCUUAGCUUUAUUGCACCUAUUAUCAAAAAUGGCGAGGUAACUGUGGAGCUCUGUAAGGAAGAGAUAGAGGAGGAGACUCAGAAAUGGAAGCUUGCGUUAAUACUGUAUGUUGUUGGAGGAAGUCCAACAAUAGGCGCCAUGGAAAGGUACAUUGCUUCAGUAUGGAAUUUUGUAGCUAAGCCUAAGGCGUAUUUUCAUAAUGAUGGUUAUUUUGUGGUUCGUUUCAAUUCGAUUGAAGAUAGGGAUGAAGUUUUGUAUUUAGGGCCUCACAUGUUGAAUAAUAUGCCUAUCAUUGUCAAAAUGUGGUCGGGUGAUUUUGAUUUCAAUAAAGAGGUUCUUCAAACUAUACCAGUGUGGGUGAAAUAUCCUAAUUUGCCUUUGAAUUGCUGGGGAAAGAGGUCGCUAAGUAGGAUCAGCAGUGGAUUGGGAAUUCCUCUCUAUGCUGAUGCUCGUACUACUCAAGUGGAUAGGAUCUCAUAUGCAAGGGUAUUGGUUGAAAUGGACGUUACUAAGGAGCUGCCUGGGUCUAUCAAAGUGACUGAUCCUAAUGGAAGGGAGUUUAUACAGGAAAUAGCAUAUGAUUGGAGUGGAACAAAGUUGGAGGCUAAGAAUGUAAAACAGAAGCAGGAAUGGCAACCUAAGGUGGUAUCCAAAGUGCAGGAACCAGCUGUUAAGGAGCAAUUGCAGUUAAAAGAGACUACAAAUGAAAAGAAUGCUAGUACUAAAUCUAAACUGCAGCUAGCUAUGCCAAGACAGAUAGAGGGAGGACCAGGUAGACAGCAGGGUGAUACUGGGCAGGAAGACAACUAUGAGUAUAGUAGCAAAGGAAGAAUAUGGUUGUUAUGGGACACAAAUGAAAUAGAGUGCAAAGAGGUGAGUAAAACUGCUCAGACUAUCCACACUACAGUAGAUAUUAGGAGAUUGGAUAUGAGAUUUACUUUUAUAGCUGUGUAUGGCCCGCAUAGAGUAGAAGACAGAAGAAGUAUGUGGAGUGAACUGACAAGGCUGCACUCAAUACAACAAGGGCCAUGGUUGAUAAUGGGGGAUUACAAUGCCAUUAGAUCAGUUGAAGAUAGACCAGUUGGCACUGGAUUGACAGAAAUAAAGACUAGUGGAAGGAAUUUUACAUGGACAAAUGGCCAUACUUAUAGUAAGAUUGAUAGAGACCUGAUCAAUGCUGAUUGGAUGUUGGUAAUGCCACAAUUGGAGGUCUGGAUUAUGGAUCCUUACUGUUCUGAUCAUUCACCAUUAAGUAUAGCACUGGAGGAGAAUGAUGAUUUUAGCUCCAAACCUUUUAAAUUUCUAAACCACCUAGCUGAGCAUGAUGACUUUAUGAAGAUAGUUAAUGAAGCAUGGGAGAGGCCACAGGAACCACACACUAUGAGGAGUAUUUGGCAGAAACUCAAACGAGUAAAACAUGUCAUGAAGGUCUUAAACAAAAAUGAAUAUAAUGAUGUGGGUGAUAGGAUCAAGGUGUGUAGACAAAGACUAACUGCUAUACAAGAACAAAUGAGGGAUCCUGGGCAAGAUGAGAUCUUAGUAGCUAAAGAGAAAGUAAUGAAAAUACAACUGGAGAAAUGGUUAGGGGUGGAGGAAAGCAUUAUGAGACAGAAAUCAAGAGUAAAAUGGCUAAAGCUAGGUGAUGCCAACACAACAUAUUUUUUUGCAAGUAUGAAAAACAGAUGCAGCCAAAACAAGAUUAGAAGAAUAAUAAAAGGUAAUGGGAGCACAGUGCAAACAAGGAAGGACAUUGAGGAGGAGGUGAUAGGGUUUUACCAACAGCUAUUGGGCUCAUUAGCAAGUGAAUUGCCUACUAUUAAUCCAGCUAUUAUGAGAGAUGGUCCCAUGAUGAACUACAACUGA